AUGGCGGCGAAUACGCCUGACAAGUACUCCGGCUAUCUACCCGGGAAACUGGUGCAAGAAAUCCUAAAAUGGCUUCCCGCCAAAUCCCUUAUGCGAUUCAAGCCAAACGUAUUACGCAUCUCAACACCGUUUCCUAUUCUGACGGAAGCUGUGAAUCCACCGCUCAGUAAUAGUAAUGGUGGCGGAGACAACAACAAAAUAGAGGUCGGGGUGGUGGAAAAUCCGAUUGAGAUGACGAUUGAGUUGCCUAGGGAAUUGGGUGAUGGGAAUUUUCGUGUAUUGGGUAUUCUCCCUGAUGGAAAACAAUUGAUGCAUUUCAGUGAAUUUUCUGCUCCUCGUGGUGGUGAUCUAGUUCGUGUACAUUUAUAUGAUCCUUGUACGAGGGAAAGAGAAGAGAUCUUGAUCAAUCUUGUUCGUUACACGAAAUCUCACAUGCCAUUCCUAAAGUCGGAUGACUUGUUAGUAUCUUGUUACGAGGAGAAUCUCAUCUCUCUCAAGUGUUUGAUUUCGUAG